GUUACAAUUGCACCUACCGUGAUAGCGAGAGCAAACUGGACGCAAAAGUCGCUUAAAAACAGAAGAAAGUAACAAGAUUGCAAUAUUAAAACAUAAUUUCAAGUGCCACAGAAAAAUAUGUGAUAUAUGCGGAAAAGCUGACACGAAUGAAAAGCGUGAUAAUGUAUAUGGAAAAAACGUGUGGUCAGCAAUUCUGCUGCUGCGGCUACAGAAGCGGAAAAUAAAUUGCACACACACAUAUGCAGCACCAGCUCACACAACACACACAUGCACAGAUGCAUAAUAAUAUACAUAACAUGAAAUAUUAAAAAAGUUCUAAGGCUUAUAAAAAAGUGCAUCCAAACAAAAUUAUGUGUAUAACAGAGUAUUGCAUUAAGCCUAAUUAAUUAACUUGUGAUUAGAAAAAUAAGCCAAAAGUUAAAACGCAACGAGAAAUAAAUGUGCCAAAUUAAAAAGAAAUAAACGAGAAAUUCUCUUAACCCAACGCGCGUGUUUAGUUACGUAUACAUUUUGUAUUGUAAACAAGUUACAGGCGGAGAGCGAUAACGCAGUAAUAAUGUCUAACAACGAUUUUGUGCUUUAUCUUGUGGCGCAGCUUAUUCUAGCCUGCAAUUUGCUGCAAUUGACCGCUGGCGCUAUUCUGCCCGAUGGCCAUAACAUUAAUUGCGAGCAUUAUGAUGAGAAGGAGUGCAAUACGAACGGUGUUUGCACCACCACCAUCGAGCAUUGCCAGGUGGAGCCGGAUAAAUUCCCCAGCUGUUAUGCAUUAUGGACCUUUGACGAAAAGACGGGCAUCAAGAAAAUCAAGAUGAAGGGCUGUUUCACGGAAAUGCAUGAGUGCAACAAGACCGAAUGCGUAACCAACAACGAGCCGCGCCAAGGAAACAUACAUUUCUGCUGCUGCAAGGGAACGCUGUGCAAUGCGAACCAGAGAUGGAUACCGACCACCACAGAGGCGACAACACAAGUGCCCAAGGAGAAGACGCAAGAUAGCAACAACAUGUUGUACUAUGUCAUUGGAGCAUCGGUAUUCGCUGUGCUGGUUGUCUUCUUAAUGGUGACUCUGAUCUUCUAUCGACGUCGCAAGCAAGCGCACUUUAAUGAGAUACCAACUCAUGAGGCGGAAAUAACAAACUCGUCGCCAUUGCUGAGCAAUCGUCCCAUCCAAUUGCUGGAGCAGAAGGCAAGCGGUCGCUUUGGCGACGUGUGGCAGGCCAAGUUGCAUGGUCAGGAUGUUGCCGUAAAAAUCUUUCGCAUGCAGGAGAAGGAGUCGUGGACAACAGAGAAUGAUAUUUACAAAUUGCCGCGCAUGCGACAUCCCAACAUCUUGGAGUUCUUGGGCGUUGAGAAGCAUUUGGAUAAGCCCGAAUAUUGGCUGAUUUCCACAUAUCAACAUAAUGGAUCCCUUUGCGAUUAUCUCAAAUCGCAUACGAUUUCCUGGACAGAGCUGUGCCGCAUUGCCGAGUCCAUGGCCAAUGGAUUGGCCCAUUUGCAUGAGGAGAUAUUGGGCAACAAGGCGGAGGGUCUGAAGCCCUCGAUUGCGCAUCGUGACUUUAAAUCGAAGAAUGUCUUGCUCAAAGGCGAUUUGACGGCUUGCAUAGCGGACUUUGGACUGGCCAUGAUUUUCCAGCCGGGCAAACCAUGUGGCGACACUCAUGGUCAGGUUGGCACACGUCGUUACAUGGCACCCGAGGUGCUCGAGGGUGCGAUUAACUUCAAUCGCGAUGCCUUUUUGCGUAUUGAUGUCUAUGCUUGCGGCUUGGUAUUGUGGGAAAUGGUUUCACGCUGCGAAGUUGUGGGACCUGUGGGCGAAUUCCAAUUACCAUUUGAGGCAGAACUUGGUCAGCGUCCCACACUCGAUGAGGUGCAAGAGAGCGUUGUUAUGAAAAAGUUGCGUCCACAUUUACUCAGCACUUGGCGCACCCAUCCGGGUCUAAGCAUAUUUUGCGAUACAAUGGAGGAGUGCUGGGAUCACGAUGCCGAGGCGCGUCUCAGCUCUUCAUGCGUCAUGGAGCGCUUUGCCCAGUUGAAUAAAUAUCCAACAACGCAGCUGCUCAUCAAGAAUCACACAAAUAUUGAGGACGCAAAAGAGACCACAAAUUGCUUAUAGAAUCGGUACUAAAUCACAGCUUACACAAUCGAAGCUGUGAUUUUAGACGCACAUCCUUCCCCCCUAAGAUCGUCGAUUAAUUUUUAAUUUUAUAAUUUCAUUAAUUUAGUUUCGAGAUUUGUAUUCAGCGUAGGCAGCUCUUUUUUUUAUAUUGAAACUACGAAAACUGAAAUGUGCUGCUAUGAACAGCAAUUUGGCAGCUGCCAUUUAUUUAAACAUAUAAUACACAUAUAACCUGUUCCCGGCCCUGAUUCCACUUAGACAUUAGCUUAGUGUAAGCUGAACAAAGAACAAAGUGUUAAAUGUAAAACUAGACUAGAGAGAUUUGAACAUUUUCAAAACUAUCUUGCCUGGGCAAUUGGAAAAAUGGAUAAGUCCAAAAUUCACUGGCUGCUCAUGAACAUCACAUGAUCAUACACACAGACAUACAUACAUACGUACAUAUAUCCAUACAUCCAUGCUUACAUACUUAUGUUUUGUAAAUCAUUUCACAUUAAUUUCAUUGACUGAUAUACCUAUAUACGCAUACAUUUAAUUGUUUAAUUACUUUUUUUUGUUUUAGUUCGUUGAUUUGAUUCGACCAGAACUUAGAACUUUAUUUUGUAACACUGUAAGAUGUUGAAUUAUUUGCCAAUCCCAGCCAUUCUCGUUGAUGUCCUCCCUUUUUCAUUUAAGAGUUGACAACUUCUCGAAAGCGCGUAUCUAACGGUUAAGUUUAAUGUUUAAAAUUAUGAUUAAUUCUUAUUAUGUAUUUACACGUAUCGUUUUAAUUUUUCUGCACACGAGUGUGCUCUUAAUGUUGUAUUUUGAAUAAAUACUUUAAACAGUC